CCUGGUUUCUACGCCACUCCCACUCGUUUCCUUCCUCAACUCAGACACAACCACGCCCGCGCAUGACAACUAAUAUAAACCAGAAAUCCUCCACUCCCCCUUACUCUUUCAUUUCUCACUCUAAACCCUAACAACCAAUGCCACCAUCUCUACCUCCCGGAGAUUUGCGCCUCGUCGAUCCCCGGAUCUGGCGGGCCUGCGCCGGCGCAUCCGUUCAAAUCCCCCUUCUCCGCUCUAGGGUUUACUACUUCCCCCAAGGUCACCUCGAGCAGUCCUGCUCAUCCCCUGCUUCUAUCCUCUCCCCUCUUGCUCUCUCCAAACCUCUCAUCCCUUGCAUCAUAGCUGCUGUCCAUUUCUUCGCGGAUCCUGUCACUGACGAGGUCUUCACCAGACUCCUGCUUCACCCCGUCUCGCCGUCACAGUUAUCUGCUCAUGAUUCUUCUGCAAAUCAACAGCAGCAACUAGGAGGGCGAUAUGAUGACGAAGAUGAUAAGAUCGUCGCCUUCGCAAAGAUUCUUACGCCGUCUGAUGCCAAUAACGGCGGCGGAUUUUCCGUCCCUCGUUUCUGCGCCGAUUCUAUCUUCCCGGUGCUCAACUACCAAGCCGAGCCGCCUGUGCAGACACUCUCUGUUACUGACGUCCAUGGCGCUGUCUGGGAGUUUCGCCACAUUUACCGAGGCACCCCCCGGCGCCACUUGUUGACCACCGGGUGGAGCAAGUUCGUGAACCACAAAAAGCUAAUCGCCGGUGAUUCCGUCGUUUUCAUGAAGAGCUCGACGGGGAAGAUGUUCAUCGGAGUGAGGAGAGCCGUGAGAUUCGGCAAUGGCAGCUGCGACUAUGCCAGGUGGCGGAACCAGAUUGGUGGCGGAGUGGACAGAGUAACGGGGGAGGAAACAGAAGGGGAAGGGAUAGGUAGGGAGGGUUUUGCCAGGAGCGGUAGAGGGCGGUUGACUCCGGAGGCUGUGGCAGAGGCGGCCGAGAGAGCGGCUCUGGGACGGCCUUUCGAGGUGGUGUAUUAUCCGAGGGCUGGUUGGUCGGACUUCAUAGUGAAGGCGGAGGUGGUGGAAGCUGCGCUUAGCGUUUUCUGGGUGCCCGGGAUGAGGGUUAAAAUGGCUAUGGAAACGGAGGAUUCAUCACGGCUGACAUGGUUUCAGGGGACAGUGUCCUCUUCUCAGGUCCGGGAGAGAGGGCCAUGGUCUGGCUCUCCCUGGCGAAUGCUUCAGAUUACUUGGGAUGAACCUGAAAUUCUGCAAAGUGCAAAGAGAGUGAGCCCUUGGCAAGUUGAAUUUCUGGCACCCACACCACCGCUUCAGACAACCUUCCCCCCAGCUAAGAAGUUAAAGUUUUCUCAGAAUUCAGGUUUUGUUAGUGAAGGAGAUAGUGAAACCUUCUUUCCGACUGCUGGAUUAAAUAAUUCGACAAUGGGGCAACUGAAGCCAUCAUUAUUGAGUUAUAAAACUUUUCCUGCUGGCAUGCAGGGAGCCAGGCAAAAUAAUUUUGGAUUCUUUAGUUUAAACAACUUCAUGAAUGAGAAUUCCUCUCAGACGUGCACUGAUAAUUUCUUUAGCAACAACAUGGUGGCGAAACUGAAAAGAGUAUCCACUGAAUUGAACAUUGGUAGUCCACAGUCUGACAACUUAUCACCUGACAGUCAGAGUAGCUUUCAUUCCUUUGUCAUAAACUCUGUUGGAAACAGGGGAUGUAACUCAACAAAAGUUGGCAUUAGUUCAUUUCAGUUGUUUGGAAAGGUUAUUCAUAUGGAAGAGCCUAUUGAAAGUGGUUUUGAUGGUGUUGGUUGCAUCGAAGAUGAUAACACCAGAGGAUGCAGUGAAACUGGGGGAGUGAGCAACCUGGUAGAUCUUUCCUUGACCUACCCUUAUAUGGAACUGCUUGACAGGCUAGAUGCCCAAUGCCAAAGAGCUUCAGCUGUUGAAGCAUGUUCCUUGUGAGCAAUUGUUCCAUAUUAUGCAGAUAAGUAGCUGUACAGGUACCUGAAGCAGGUAAGAAGCUGACUCCACGUUUGACCUUGGAAUAGCAAUUAGCAACGAGUGCAUGGCUGUUCUUUUUUUUUUUCUUUGGUAUGUUGGAAACUAUGGUGAACUUGGUUUUGAAUGUUUGAAUCAGGUGUUUUAGAUGUUCGUGUGACCUAAGCUUCAGAUCAGUACAUACUUUUCUUCUUUUUGUUGGUGACAGUUAGGUUGCAGUGGAUGGAUGAUUGAUAAUUGAUGUAAAUUGACAAAAAAGCCCUACAACUGGUCAUCUUAAUGGUGAUUCUCCAAUUUCCAGUUGGGGCCAGAUGUAGGAAAUAACAUUUGGUCGUGAAAUCGUAGUGGAACUUGUAUCAUAUCUUGUUUUGAGUCAGAAA